AGCGAACAGUAUGGCUGCCCUGAGUGCGGGCGACGCACUUGUCAUGACUAGGUUUCUCCGAUUCAAUGGUUACACGGACAUCCCAAGGCCUUUUUUGAUCGGAGUCGCAGGUGGAACUGCUUCAGGAAAAACCUCAGUAUGUCAAAAAAUAGUUGAAAAGCUUGGCCAGGCUAAUGUUGAACGGAAUCAAAGGCAGGUGAUCACAAUAAGUCAGGAAUGUUUCUACAGAAACCUCACACAGGCAGAGAAAGACCUGGCAGUCCAAGGAAAAUUCAAUUUUGAUCACCCAGAGGCAUUUGACUUUGAUUUAAUGCUGAAAACACUACAGGACAUCAAGGAGAGAAAGCCAGUCAAACUGCCAGCUUAUGAUUAUGCCACUAAUGCCAGAAAGGAGACAGAAUGGAUUGUUGUGUACCCAGCAGAUGUCGUGUUAUUUGAAGGCAUUUUAGUAUUUUAUUGUAAACAAAUCAGAGAGAUGUUUGACAUGAAGCUGUUUGUGGACACAGAUCCAGACACGCGGCUUUCACGUAGAGUUCUGAGAGAUACCAUAGAACUUGGCCGAGACUUAGAGAAAGUUCUCAGCACUUACAUUGUCUUUGUGAAGCCAGCAUUUGAAGAGUUCUGUUUACCAACAAAAAAGUAUGCUGAUAUUAUUAUACCAAGAGGUGCAGAUAACCUAGUUGCUAUUGACCUUAUAGUGCAGCACAUACAGGAUAUAUUACACCCUAAUCCAGAGGCUCACCAGCGCGCAGAGCGUGUGCAAAGGACUAGACAUAACUCAGAGUCUGGGGUGGUGGCCAGGCCACAUUGAGGCAAUAAUGUGGAUGAACUUGGUUUAACAAAUAGGAACACGACAUUAUUAAAUGUACGGACUCAUGCAGGCAUUUAAAAGUGUCAACACAAGUUUGUUUUGGUUUUGAUACAUGAAAAUUACAAGGAAGUUAACCAGACUGUAAUGAAUUUGCCUUAAUUUGUUCAACUAAAUGAUGAAAACAGGAUUGUGCUGAUAUGUGUCCAGUAUGUGGUUUCUCCAGUAUUACAAAAUCUCACCUGAGGUUUCAGAAUUGUGUUAAAUAACCUAAUCAUGGUGGGAAAUUUGAAAAUGAAAUGCAGGGAGUUUGAAAACCUGUCCACGGCUGUGUGUCUAUAAAUAUUUCCAUCUGUAUAUAGUGAGACCAGGAAUGAAUCUCAUAAAAGAAUUUUUGUUGAAAUAUAUAUGUACAUCACUCCAUUACUCUAUUAAAAAUGCUGUGUGGAAAACUUAAAAACACCAAAUUAUUAAUGUUAAUCUGUACACAGAUUCAGAGGUCAGUGUAUUAACCCCCCUCCUCCCACGUUUCAAAGUUAUUUCGGCUGGAAAAACUUUCCCCUUUGACUAUUUUGUUGUUGCACUUGUAAACAUGGAUAAAUUAAAGUUAUUCAUAUUUAUGCUUGUUUUAUGAAUGCAUGACUGGUGCACAAAAUAAAAAGGCAGCUAAUAAUUGAAAAAGCAAAUGUGGAGGCAUACGAUGCCCAUAUUGUAAAGAAUUUCUAUUUUGGGUACAUUUGUGCAUUGUAAAGUGUCAUGCUGCGGUCACAAGUUACUGUCAUUCACUUAGUGCAGCA